GGUGACGUCAGCAGACUGUGAAGCGGAAGUGGUUGUAAAGUUCUGCAGUGAAGGAUGAAAACAAACUGAAGUAGGAGUCUGCACAUUGUUUUAACCUUCUUUUCUCACCUGAAUGAGACAUGAAGAAUGUAUUUGUAACAGUCGGCACCACGUGCUUUGAUGAGCUCAUAGAAACGAUCACGUGCUCGGAGUCCGUUCAGGCUCUAAAAGCUCGUGGGUAUGAGCGUCUGGUUCUUCAGGUUGGAAGAGGAUCAGUUCUUCCAGAGGCAGACAGCUCUCCUCACAUCAGACUUGAGGCUUUUCGAUUCAAAGACUCGAUAGCAGAUGACAUGAAACAGGCAGACCUUGUCGUCAGCCAUGCAGGGGCAGGAAGCUGUUUGGAGGCCCUCGGAGCGGGCAAGCCUCUGCUGGUCGUAGUAAAUGACAAACUGAUGGACAACCACCAGCUGGAGCUUGCCCAGCAGCUCCACAUGGACUCCCACUUGCUGUACUGCACAUGCAGCACCCUGACAGAAACUUUGAGGACCAUGGAUCUCUCUACUCUUCAGCCCUACCAGCCCGGACAGCCGAAGCAUUUUGCAAACUUUUUGGACAAAGCUCUUGGUGUUCAGUGAAGCUUUGACUCUGAAGGACUGCUUAUCUUCUGUUACACUGGAGAUAACUGUUGUAGAAGAGCACGAAACUUGGCUCUGACUUUGUAAUUGUGUAGUCACUUGAACAGCCACUGUUGAGCAUUUGAGUUAUAUCUAUUUUAUAAACAAUGUGUUGCUAAUUUAAAAUUCUUAUGUGUGCUCGGACUCAUUUGUAUAUUUUUUCCAUAUGUUGCUUUUCAAAAAUGUGUAUCCAAGUGAAAGAAUAAUAAAACCUACCAGCUCAUGGGUUUUGAAUUCAA